CGGGGAGCUGCGGGACCCCCCGCCCCGCCCCUCCUCCUUCUCCUCCUCCUCCUGGGGGGCGACCUUGCGGGGUUUCCUGCUCCGGCCCCCGUGGCGGCCCGCGCAGCCCAGUCCCCCGCCGGGCCGCAGCCGCUUCCUGGGGGGAGAUGCGGCCUCCCGCCUCCCAGCCGCGCCAUUCCGGCCCCACCGCGCCUCCCCAGGCAGCCGGCCCCGUCCGCCACCGCCCGCCACCGCCGCUUUCUUCCUCGCUCCGAACAGCCCUGCCAGGUGCCAACUGUUAAUGUUGUUGCAAUGGAGACUCUGUCCCUGGAGCACCAGAUCCAGAGCGUGCAGAGACACAUCGCCUUCCUGAAGAAGGAGCAGAUGGGCCUCCUCCACGACCUGCACUUGGAGAUCCUUCGUUUGCAGAAACACUGCACAGAGUUGACUCAUGACCUCGAAACAAAGGAGCUGGAAAUCAGCCAUCAAGAAAUUGUUGACCAGGAACUGGAGGAAAAAUGCAAGGUGGUGGAUGCUCAGCUGCAGGAGCAAGAGGAGGACAACCUGGAGCUGCGGAAGGAGCUCCGGCACAAGGAGAGCCUGGUGGCCGCUCUGCGCUCCAGCCUGAGGAAUAAAGAAAGGAAGUUCCUGGAGGAGCUGAAGAGGAGAAGCCACCGCGUCACCAUCCUCAACACGGAGCUCCAGAAGCAGACGGAGGCGGCCGCUUACCUCUCCUUCCAGCUGCACGCCACCAAGCAGAAGCUUCGCGGGACCCGGCCGAGCGCCAAGCCUCUUUCUGACCGGCCUCCAGAGAGAACCUUCCUCCCUCCGCCUGCCAGCGAGGCCAGGCCCAAAAAGCGGACCCAGAAGUCUCAUUCCCGCAGGCAAGCCGCUGGGUCCUCGCACGGCAAGGGGGCCUUCAAAGACCCUUCGUUUCAUGACCAGCUCAGCAGUUUUGAAGACGCUGAGCCCAUGCCUGACCCGGCCCUGUUCUUAUACACCAAACGGCACCACGCCCCAGACCACCAUCAGAAACCUGAGCCCAAGGCCACCUCCUCCCCCAAAGUAGGGGCUGCGCAGAGUGAGCUCGUUGCCCCCAAAGGUCUUCCAACCAGCCCAGCCAGAAACCAACGGAAAGGUCACCAAAGAUCAUCCCGGCAGCCUUCCCAAGAACCAGCAGGACCCAGGGGCAGGACUUUCGGGAAGUCUAGAUCCUCUUCUAAAGGGGAUCCGUCGUGCAAAGAAAAUGGAGCCAGCCCUCACCGUGAAAAAGACACUGAGUAACCCAAAAUGGCGUGGGAGAGGGGAAGACACGAUUGUUUUGCAGCAGCUUUUCUAAAGAGGUGGCCAGUGGAGACAGACAGGAGGUUUUUGCAAAUGACCUCCUAAAUCAGGGCCCAGUUUUGAAAAAGUGCUCAGACCUCCCAGAUACACAAUCAGGCUACUCUCAGUGGUUUGAAUGCUGGGAUUUCUGUGCUCUCUGCAGUGUUUUGUUCCUGGCUUUCCAUGGCACUUGUUGCACGCUACGCAUUUGAGGAAAACAGUGCAAAAAAAAGUAAUUUUGUAUUAUUACAUCAAGGCAUUUUUGUGGGGGUACUUUACUGAUGCACACAUGCAUCAUUGGUGGUGUGUAGAACAUUACUCUAAAAGAAUGUAACUCAGCCUUAAACCAUAACCAAGAUUGCUUUUUUGCAGUGUUUUAUCAAUAUGUGAGCAAUGUAGAGAAUACAAUGCAAAAGAACUGUACAUGUACUACAGUGUGCUACAUGCAAAAUUUGGGGAUUUAAAAAUGGAGAAUAUUUAACCCAUCAGUUUUACUUUGGAAACAAAGUGGAGUAAUUUGGAAAUCCAAAAUCGGGGAGAAGCUCUGAUGGGAAGAGUUUCAGAGGCAUCCCUAGAAUGUUGUCAUCAGAGCUGACAUGAAUGUAGCAAGUGUCAUUUGUAGUCACAAUGAUGAACCGCAGUUGUGCAACAUUCUGCCAGGAGAAUUGGAAAACUCAUACACACACACACACACACACCCCUCACACCCACAGCAAGUUUUCGUGCCUUGAGAUUACAGCUUUGUGAGUUUUCCAUUUCACAUUCUGACAUCCCUUUCAAGCUUGCAGGCUUGACAUUUUGAACUCUUGGUUUUAAUGUCCAGAUGGCAGCUCUGGGGCCGAAAUCGGUGUUUUGACUGGUCCAAAUGUGUGCAACUUUUUUUUUCAUGGGAGCAGCACUCUCAGCCCCAGGAGAAGCUGCCACAGAGGCUGAAUGUGUCGGGAGGGAGUUUUUAAAAGAUGUAUUGGGAGUUUCUGGAUAUAUUGGGGUCAUCAAGAGCAGGGUAUUCUGAAAAACAGCCCCUUCCCCCCCCAAAGGGGAGUGGAUAUUUGAGCUCACUGCAUCUUCAGCCACCAACUUAAAAGGCAGCUGAGGAUGGUGGCUUUGGAGGGGCAAUGCAGCGUUCACACCAGAGCUGGAAAGCUGCAGACCUAAAUGGAUCCAGCUUGUUGUGGGCAGAGCUCAUUGCAGGAUACGGUGGGGUGGGGGUGGGGGGACUUUGAAUGAGUCACAUGACUGAGUGAAUGCUGCUCCACCAAGAAAGAACAAACCUACAUUUUGGGAACGUGGGAUAUUGAUUUUCUCUUUCUCUCUUUGGACUGGGAAGUAUUUCUGAGAUAGAAGAAACAACUCAUAAUGUUAGGAGCAUUUGUUGACUUGGGGCUAAAUAAUUUAUGUUCCAAAACUCUAGUAGGCACCAAGUAUUUAUUGCUUUAAAUCCCACCUUCCGUUGUGGAACUCAAGGCAGCACUUAGGAGAAGGGUUCAGUCCAGGCAGGUGUAACUUCAGCAAGGGGCCUCCAGGCCAGACGAGACUUCAUGGCUUCCACAAGCUUGGUCAGGGUUUCCCAACCCGUUUGACAGACGGGUGACACUGGAAAGCUAACAUGCCCAAGUGCUUCAGGACUUCUUCAGCUAAGAACCGUGGCACAGCUGGGGAGGGGGCACCCCCGACACUAUUUUCCUGAGCCAGAACAGCCACAGGGUCCCUAUUUGCCAAGUUGUGAGCUAUCUUGUUCCCUGAUAUCACAUCUGUCUGUAAAACUGAUACAGGGGCACCAAACCUGACCUGUGGUGUAACAUCUAAUUUGGCCCUCAGUGUGCAUGUUCCAUUUCUGAAUUCUUCUCUUCCUUACCACCAAUGUUAACAUUAUGUGUGUGUAUGUGUCAGACCUCGGAUCCGAAACUAAUAGAAACUGUAGAUUA